UACUGGAAGUUAAGGAUGUCUAGCCUGAUACAUUCCAUACAGGCCAUGCUGCAGAGGAAGAAACAGCUGAAGAUUGCAGAAGAGAAGAAGAUGAAGGGGGAGAAAGCUAAGGUCAUUGAGUACAAGGUCAACAUGUGGAUUGAGGAAAGAACAACUAAGGAGCAGGAAUCGAGAAAAGCCAACUGGAGGCUAGAGAAGACAAAGAAACAACUUGAAGCAGAAGAGAAGAGGGGAGUCCAGGAGAAAGCAAAGGCCAAGCUGCAGAGGAAGAAACAGCUGAAGGUGGAGAAAGCUAAGGUCAUUGAGGUCAAGGUCAACAUGUGGAUUGAGGAAAGAACAACUAAGGAGCAGGAAUCGAGAAAAGCCAACUGGAGGCUAGAGAAGACAAAGAAACAACUUGAAGCAGAAGAGAAGAGGGGAGUCCAGGAGAAAGCAAAGGCCAUGCUGCAGAGGAAGAAACAGCUGAAGAUUGCAGAAGAGAAGAAGAUGAAGGUGGAGAAAGCUAAGGUCAUUGAGGUCAAGGUCAACAUGUGGAUUGAGGAAAGAACAACUAAGGAGCAGGAAUCGAGAAAAGCCAACUGGAGGCUAGAGAAGAGGGGAGUCCAGGAGAAAGCAAAGGAGAACUAUGGAUAAUGGAGGAGCAAGAAGAAGGCUGCAAAAGAGAGGAAGGAGAAGAAGGAGAAGGAAGAACAAAGAGCUGAAGAAGAAGCCGAAAGGAGGAGGAAAGAAGAGGCGGAAGAUGCAUACCUGAAGUGGAAAGAAGAGGCCAAGACGAGAUCAUUUCCCUUAGCUACUCAAUUUGGCUUUCCUCAGGGCUCUGUCAAAGGUAGACCAGUCAAAGUUACUGCCCCUUUCACAAACCCAACUUAAAGGAGCAUUAUAGAAGUGUGUGAAUGAUCCACAUCAAAACAAUGCACAUCAGUUUGGUGCUGCUAUACAAUACAAAUAGUUGCCACAGCAUAAUCAUUUAUAUUAUAAUUUGAGUAAGGAAAUCCAUUGAUAUUUAAAACUUUCAGGGUUUUGCACGCCUGAAUGUUUGCACGAAAUGUUUGCUUUAAAAUGAGUUUUAGAACGUUCAGAACCUGAUUUGAAUGAACAGCAUUUUGACAUAGAAAAAUAAAAAAUG